UGAUCCCACGUGUGACGGACGGAGCGCUGCCUGCAUCCCCCCGGCUCACUGACACCGGAGCUCCAUCCGCUCCGCUCUACCUGCCGACCCCACCGUCUGCUUGUGUCCGCCUGUCACUGCCUGUACCUGGGUCAGACAUGGAAGGAGACGGCAGCCAAGCACCGUCAGGAAGCCCGGCUGAUCCGCAACACGACCCCGGGAAAAUGUUUAUCGGUGGCCUCAGCUGGCAAACUUCACCAGACAGCCUUAGAGAUUAUUUUAGUAAAUUCGGUGAAAUCAGAGAAUGUAUGGUGAUGAGAGACCCGACGACAAAACGCUCCAGGGGUUUUGGCUUCAUCACGUUUGCGGACGCUGCCGGCGUCGAUAAAGUCUUAGCACAGCCGCUCCACGAGCUGGACUCUAAAAGGAUUGACCCUAAAGUUGCUUUUCCUCGACGUGCUCAACCCAAGAUGGUCACAAGAACAAAGAAAAUAUUUGUCGGAGGAUUAUCGGCCAACACAGUAAUUGAAGAUGUGAAGCAGUAUUUUGAACAGUUUGGCAAGGUAGAAGAUGCCAUGUUAAUGUUUGACAAAACCACCAACCGACAUAGAGGUUUUGGCUUUGUAACAUUUGAAAUUGAGGAUGUGGUGGAGAAAGUCUGCGAGAUCCAUUUUCAUGAAAUCAAUAAUAAAAUGGUAGAAUGCAAAAAGGCCCAGCCUAAGGAAGUGAUGUUUCCACCGGGGACGCGAGGUCGGGCCAGGGGUUUACCAUACACGAUGGAGGCCUUCAUGCUGGGCAUGGGUAUGCUAAGUUAUCCAAACAUUGUAGCUACAUAUGGCAGAGGCUACACUGGUUUUGCCCCUAGCUAUAGCUACCAGUUCCCAGGCUUCCCAGCCGCAGCGUACGGACCAGUGACGGCCGCGACAGUAGCAGCAGUUCGUGGCUCAGGUAGGGGAACCCGUGGAAGAGGGGGAAGCUACAUGGCAUACGGACAGAACGCAGGGGCAGGAUUCCCUGAUUAUGGGUUAUAUUCUGCAUCCGGAGCCGGUGGUGACGUGCGAGGAGGCGCGUCUUACUCUCUGGCUGAUUACAGCUCCCUGGGGCCCCAGGCUGCUGCUCAAAUCCUGCCCAGUGGUCAUGCCAGCUCAGCGUGCAACUCUCCCACUUCCCUCCAGCACCACCUACACAGCCCGGAACCUUUCAAGAACCCAGGAAGCAACCCAGCUCGGCCUGGCGCAUUUCCUGGUGCCAACAGCCCUGGUCCUGUAGCUGACCUCUAUGGAACUGCCAGUCAGGACUCUGCCGUGGGCAACUAUAUCAGUGCCACCAGCCCUCAGCCAGGAUCUGGCUUCAGCCACAGCAUUGCUGGUCCACUGAUUGCGACGGCUUUUACGAAUGGAUAUCACUGAGCGCUCACAGGUGAUGUCAUCCUGCACUAACCACUACAGCAUCCAUGCAGUGAGCCCCGGUGGAAGUGGCACCAGAUGAAGAACAGCUCAGAGGCAGGAAAAAAAAAAUCAAACAUGAUGACAUAAGAAGAAGAAGAAGAAGAAGAAGAAAGAAAAAAAAGACAGUCUGUUGUACUGUAAGACUGACCUGCUGUUAAGAUUGAUCCUUCUGACCGUCCUGUCACUGCUCUGUAGAUAUUUACCAGUUUAUUUUACUUUUCUUGUUGAAUUAUGAUCUUUUUGUACUUUCUAAGAAUAUACGUCUUUUAAACCUCAUGUAAAAAGGUGUAUGUGUGUGUGUGUGUGUGUGUGACUCACAUAAACCAGUAUGACUCACUAUUGACUUACUCCGUGAGUAGUGACUCACACUGGUUUACGUCUUUCUAUGCCUCAGUAUGUUUUUUUUGUACCAGCAAACACAACGUGACUCACUGUAGUCAUAAUAGUACGGUAUUAGUUCAUCAAAACACACUUAGUACUUAACUUAGCACACUUAACAGUAACCUUGAACAGCUUUGGUUUUUUUAGCAAUAUGGUUAGUAAAUGUACAUUUCUGGCAAUAAGUAGACUAAGAUAUUAUCAUACGUUCACUUUCAUGUUUGUUUUCUGGUGGGAAAAAAAAGACAAUGCUGUCCUUUUGUUACUAUAUCAGUGCAUUAAUGGAAUGAUAUCAACUGUCCCGCCCUCCUACAGUAUAUACUGUACUGCUUUUUCAACUGUAGCUAAUUUAAUACCAGCAGAGUUGUCUACAAUAAGAGCUCCACGAGUUGAUGUGCGCACACGAAUGCUGACAGGGUUCCUCUUCAUUCUCUCGAGCUCGGUAGCAUUAAAGCACAUGCAAGACUUGUGGGAGUGUGAAAAUACGCGGUUGUGCCCUUUAAUUUCAUGAUUUGUUUGAUAUGGUCAAACAAGGGAUUGAUGUAUUCUGGAUAUCUUUGUGCUUGUUGACGACAUUUUCACUACAGGUCACAUUUCACCCAUUCACAUACACACGACUGCACUUCUCUCACAGCUACACAAAAACACUUUUCCCUGCUCGACCUGCAGAGCAACAGCCAUGAUAAACAAGGCUACGUUCAGAUUACCUUAACAAAAUGACUAAUUGAGAUUUUCGUGUUUUCCAAAGCUUGUGAUGAUCGAUAUGUGGAUAUGUGACAUGAGUGAGCUUGGUCAUAUCAGAAUCCAUGUGGCUUUUUUGCUUGUAUGCAGUUUUGGGGAACCACGGAUUGGUCACAAGGUCUUACUUAAUUCAGUAGUUGGCUUUCAGGCUUGGCUUGACCCUCUCACAUGUAAAGCAAACCUAACUACAUGAAGAGCUUGCGUCUCACUUUUAAUCUGAAGUCCUGGAAACAGCAAACAACCAUAGCAAUUCCAGUGGCCUACAGCCAGCUACUGAAGAAGACUAUGACCUGAAUGACUGAGAACCUCCACCAAUACAGUAUUUGCUGACUUAUUCCCUGCUUAUUUCUCUACUGAACAUUUACAGUAUAAUAUACAGCUAUAGAAAUGGUAUGAUGUACAAAUGUGUUCUUUUCAUUGGUUAAAAAAAACCCACACCACAAAGUUGCUGGGAUCGUUUCCAAAUCUGACCGAUCCCUGCUUUUGAAGUGCAGACACAAUGUUAUGUGUUAUUACCUCAGUCCUGUGUGUUUGGUUCCACUGACCAUAACAGUCUACGUUAGAAGAAGCCUCACUUCCUGCACAUUAUUUUUGAAGUGGACUUUGUUUUUUUAUGAACAGCUGAGUCUGGGUCAGUCAGGAUAUUUGUUGUGGCGCUUUUAGUUAAAUAGUCUAAAACCACUGCAGACCACUGUAAGAUCGAUCGUUACGACACACGGAACAAAACAACAUGAAUGUCAUGUAAACAGGAACCUGCUAGAACUUCACUAAAGACUCAAACUUGCUUUCGAAGGUUUGGAACGACUAGACUCGUACAAACUGAUACAUGUAUAUGCUGUUUGUUUGUUUGUUUGUUUGUUGUUGUUUUCUUUCAUCCGUGCUGAUGAAAACAUUUUGCAAAUGACUUUUACAGACCGUCGUAAGCCGAUUACUGGACCGCCUCUGAAGCGGAGACUUCUAGUAAUAAUCGAAUAAUCAAAAGUUUGUAUGAUGUUAUUAAUGAAGAAAAGAAACGUCAGCGUUCCCCUGUAUGAAUUGCAUUUUUAUGAACAAUUUGUAUCAAUAUUUUUGUGGUUGUUGAAAAUUAUAUGUGCAAUAUCUAUAAAGCUAACAAUAAUAAUAAUAACAAUAAUAAUAAUAAUUAUGUGUGCUGUACAUCCGCCCCCAUUCUCUCUCCAUUUCCUGUCAUGCUAUACGAUAGUCUUCAGUUACUGUUCAUGUAUUUGAGUAAUGUAGACAAAAAAGAAACUGUAGAGUGCUGUCUUUGUUACCAAUGUAGUGAUCUUUACACGGAUUUCUUAAAACACCUAGUUACUUGUGAUGUAGUUACAAUUUUAGACUUCGACUCAUUAUCUAAAGUAGGACCAGUGAGCAUAGAAUCUUUUUUUUCCCUUAUUUUCUUUUUGUUGAUGUUCAUGAUGUUCCAUGCUGCUCUCAACCAAAGCUCUCCUAAAAACAUUUGAAAAAAAACAAACCCCUGCUGUAAGUUGUUCUUGUAAACGAGGCAUUGCCACCCUUGAAUGUUAUAAAAGGGUCUCUGUGCCGUACUACCUUAAAUGCUAAUGCUUGAUAUGCAAAACACUUUGCUUUGUCGUAAUCGGAGAAACGUGAAAAGAGCGACAUUUGAUUUCUUUACUUUUUAACGAUGAUUAUAAAUGGCAACAACCUGAACUCGGUCGGCUACUAGUUUCUAUUGUUCGACUUGUUUAAACAACUCAUACUUUAAUAAUCAUGAAACCCAAAUUGGAACUGCGUACAUUUUUAGCAAAGUACAGCAUCAUCGUGUCUUGAUUUAAAUUGUCAUAAGUGGUCACAUGGUCAAGGCCCGGUUACACAUGAAGGCAAAUCUUUACCCUCUGUUCACUUUUAUUUUGUGAGAGCAAAUCGCACGACAGGAAAUAAAGCAUUUGCUUCCUGUGGCACGCAAGAAAUCCACAGUAUGUUUUUGUGUUGAGCUCACACGUCAACACAGCUUCAACCAAAUCCAACAACAAAAGGGACUUAGAGUUUUCACAAAGUGACACAGGUUUAUUUAUUCACACCUGAUUCAAAUGGUCUGAUAACCUGAUAACAAGCUGUUCACAUCUGAAUCAGGUGUGUUGGAGCAGGGCAACAUCUGAAACACGCAGGGCAGUGGAGUGUGUGUGUGUGACCGUAGCCUCGCUUUGGUCUCAUGAAAUCAUCUGUUCCGGACCAAAUCACUUUAGGAAAAAAACAGUGACUGUAAUCCCAGCUCAAAACAAUGUAGAGCACAUGUGUCAAACUGGUGGUGCCGCCACUCAAUAUCAUGGCCCACGAAAACGAAAGAAUGUUGCCAGCAAUAUUUUUAGAAUACUAAUAAGACAAUUAAAAUGAUCACAUUAUUAACGUUAAAUUACACAUAAUUACAGUUGUCCACAGUAUUUUGUUACUGAGUUUUAGUGCAUUUAUUUUGCAUCGUGAAGUAUGCAUCAUUCUAUAUCAAAACAAGCACUUUUACUUAAAUAUUAUAAUGAAUAUCUUUACUGCGAUAUCAUGGUGGAAUAUUGUGUUAUCAUUUGAAACUCACCCACUACUGAGCGGUUUCCUUUAGUUUCCUUUUCCUUUAGACCGGCCCCCUCUUGACCAGACAGGGUCAUUUGAAUAUGACACAAUGUUCACCUAAACCUCCUGUAUGUUGACACAGCUCCACUGCAGACCCUCGUUUUUGCUUCUCCUCUGGUGCAAUUGUUCUUGAGAAGGGUGGAGAGGCUUUUCAGGCUCGGCCUGCAAAUAAAAACCCUGGAAUAGCAAAUUAAAGUGUUAUCAGUGAGGCCAGUGCUCCAGUUAAACAUGUUUCCUUUAUCUCUGAGGACGCAUCGUAGUUAUUUAAUAACUCGCUAUAAUGCCGUUUUAAGUUCUAUUCUAUUUCCGUACACGUUCGUCACUUCAGAUCGUCUCACGUUGCUCUCAUGCCUCACACUUUAGGGUAGCAUGGUUCUACGGGAUAUUGUCGCUUUACUUCAACAGCUUACAGUUCACGAAUGUAAGAUGUUUCUUCUUUUGUUUUUUUACAUUCAUCAUGUUAAACAUUUGAGUUUGUCACUGGAUAAAUGUUGGCUCCAAAAAAGAAAAAAGAAAAAAAGAAAAGUGAAAAAAACACAAUAUAAUAUGACCUGUAAUGUAUUUGAAUAUUUAUUGUGAGUGUACUACUGUAUCCACCUAAACUUGAAUCCUGAGGCAAGUGCUGGACUAGUAAUGGACAACUGUACAUAUACUGUUACUGACCCGAUAAUUAGAUAUUUAAUUCACAGGCACAACAUUUCUAUAUAAAGACGCAUUACUUAAUGGUACUGACAGUACUACAAUGAUAAUAAUCGGUUUUGCAGUAUAGCACAAAUUCCUCUUGAACGUCUCAUGAUUUUCUGAGCGGUGCAGAGUCAUAAUAUCUCAACAUGUAGCAGUGGACGCUUGUCCUUCAUCUGGACAAUGCUGAUUGCCUUGCUCAUUCCUGCCACUUGCCUUUUUUUUCUAAUGUUAAUGGACAUUUUUAAGUUUUGAGCUGACUGAACAGACUGAAAGCAUCUUUCAGUACGGCUUGCUCAAUCCCUGUAAAAAAAAAAUUAAAAAAAAUAAUAUUAAUAAAAAAUAAAAAAACAAUAGACAAAGGAAAAAAAGGGGGAAAAAGUGGAUAAGAGUUUCUCACAUCCAAGAUGUGGAAAAUAUAAUUUUAUACUUGUAUUUUAUAUUAAUGAUAAUAAAAGUUGUUUGUCAAUGGUUCCAUUCUCUACCGUGGUCCAGAAAUCAAUGUGUUUGUUCAAGAAUGAAAUAAAAAUUGUUUUCAAC